CAGGAUUAUAACCCUGUUGCUGCCGUGUUCACCUACCUAGGUGAAAUAUAGUAUUUAUUUAUCGUAGCAGUAAAUCUUGAAUAUAACACGUAAUUAAUAUUUUUUUAAAGUAUGCGCAAUGAUUUUUUACUGCUAAAUAUUUAGGAACAUAUAGAUGAUGAUGUGACGUAUACAUGUAGUUCGGACUCUUGGUCACUGGAUGGUGAUGAUGAACACAUUUUGCAGUCUGUCUAAAAAAGAGGAAGAUACUAACGUUACACAGAGCCAUUAUGGCGUUGCAUACGCUUCCACCUCUUAUGUCAAUGUUCCACCUCGGAAGAGCUGCAGCAGUGUGAGUGAAGAGACAAGGGAAGACUUCACUGAUCAUCCACAGUGAGACAUGACGGACUCGGAGGUGUCUGUGCUGCUGCACUGUGCAGCCUGGAGGGGCCUGCUGGAGUCACAAGUACAAGUAGAGCUUUCUGAAAGAUUCAACAGGCAGACUGAUCCAGCUCUAGAGCAUCAAAUAGAGGAGGCAUGGACAGAGCGAGUAUCAAAAGAGUCGUGGCUUUUCAACGGGAUGAAAUUCAGACUGCACUCUUUCUGCUUGGCCUCAUCAUGCUCUGUUUCUCCUAAACACCAAUCCUGCACUCAUCCACCCCUCAUCCCCUUCUUAGACCUUGCAGAGGAACCGGAAGGGGAAUUACAAGACAGCAGACAAAGGAUGGAGGAGAAUUUGUGUGUCACUGAUUCUCUGCAGGAUGCUGUUCAGAGCAAUUUGGACAAAAGAAACAGACCUGGGAAUCAGAGAGAAAAUGUAGAUAGUGUCCGUGCAUUGUCACAAGCUUCCUCUGAUUACAGUGAGUCAAAGAGCAUUACAGCUGAACGUCCUUCCAAAAACACAGAGGAUCAAGGGAGCGGCCACCUCCUCACUCUGAGACUAGGCCUUACAUGCUACAAAGAUUACCUGGGAACAAACUGGUCGUGUAGAGUGGCAGAGCUACGUCAGCGUGGAGAGGUGGAGUUCGGUGAUCCUCUGGCGCUGCUGGCUCAGCCUCUGGGUGUGGGUGCAGUCCUGUGUACAGACGACGGUCAGGUAGUGUUGAUCAGGAGGAGCCAGAGAGUGGCAGAGGCAGGGGGGCUCCUGGACAUCCCCGGAGGUCACCCAGAGCCAAAGGUGGUGUGUGAGCGCCUGGGCCAGGCAGUGUGUGAGCAGCAGAUCAGUGUGGACAUGAUGUCGCAGAGGCCCGUCGUCUCAGAGCUGUUCUCGUCUGUGUGCGCUGAGAUCAGAGACGAGGUGAAUAUUCCUCUGAGCUCCCUCGGAGAGCCGGUCCUGAUGGGUAUCGCUCUGAAUCACACCAGCGCUGGCAGACCAAGUGCUGAGUUCUAUGUCAGUUGCUCGUUGACAUCUGAUGAAGUCAGAAAAUUGUACUGGAAAGGAGGAGCAGAGGCCCAUGAGUCUACAGAUAUUGUCUUCUUCAGCAGGACGGAGGUGUUGCAGCUGGACAGAAGCAGCCCUCUGUGGUCGGAGCUGUGUCCUUCAGCUAAAGGAGCCGUGCUGCUUUAUCAGACCGUGAAGCCUGACAGGGAGCGAGACCAGAGCAGAUGACAUGACGUUCAGCUGAUUGCAUCAGAAAAUUGAUCCAGAUGAUCAAAUGUAUAUUCACAAAGAGAAACCUUUUCAUUCAAAUUCAGGGAUUUAUUACUAUUUGACUUUAAGCACUCUCUGACCAAUACUGGUGGUAAAAUUGUGCAAAAUACAGUAAAUGUUUUCAUAAUUUGUACAUGACAUUUUUCAAAUAUUUGAAUAAAAAUACUAAAAAGUGA